CUCUCUCUCUCUCUCUCUCUCUCUCUCUCUCUCUUUGCGUUCAGUGUUAGAGCAUCAGCCACAAUAAGCAUGGUGUAGGUGGACCACACAGCAGACAAAAACGUGAAUCUAUAUCGGGACUGGCCCAGCUGUCAGCAGAAUCUGAACAGGUGGUUCCUUCAGUGGCUCAGCGGGACGCGUCAGGGCACAGAGACCCUCAGCAGCUUGUGGCGCUCACUAAUCCCCUCUCUGACGACAGCGCAUUACCCAGCGCACGUAAAACCAGGAGAGCGGCAGGUUUGGGUUGGGGAAACCUCCUCACUCGUCGGGAUUUUACUCCUCAGAGUGGAUUCGGUCGCGAGGACCGUUUUGUGAAGCUUGUAGCUUUUUGUUCUUGCUGCCGGCCUGACAGAGUUUGGAUAUUAUGACUCUCUGCUGGAUUUGAUCGUUUCUUCGGAGAGUCUCAAGUGCCAAGACUGAGACUGAGAACACAGCAUGCUGCCAGAAAUAAAUAAGGCAACACGACCAGAGGCCUUCCCUCACCCUCACAGACUCCCAGCAGAAGGCAGCCGUAUUGGAACAAACCGCUCCUGUUCACAGAAGUUUGUCUCUGGUGUGGGGACCCUGCCUCAGCUCGAGCCACCGGUGGUCCAGGUGGUGGUCAGCAACGCCAAAAACCAGCACCAGCAGUCCGACAACAUCCUGCCCCAAAUCGCCAACAAAGGGAGUCAACACAACUAUCAGACAAACACAGUUGAGAGGCCAAAGCAAACGCAGCCGUUCAACAUGCGGUUUGGCACAGCRAUGGAUAAAGUGCCGGUUUCUCGCAACAGCAAGAAUUUCAGCACCAAGGUGGAGACGGAGAAGGCGUACGAGGGUCAAAGGUUACCCAUGUCACCCACAGAGGCAAUAAACAAUUUUAAAGAGCGCAUGACAGAUUUCGAGCAAGAAGAAAUCAACGAUUACGCAGAGGUCUGGUUCUUGGGUCUGGGCUCCCAGAAAAUCGAGGGUUCCCAAGGUUCUGCGCAGAACAACGGAUAUGAUGACGAGCACGGGAGCUAYGUCCGGGUGCUGCACGAUCAUGUUGCAUACAGAUUUGAAGUUCUUGAGGUGAUCGGGAAAGGCUCCUUUGGGCAGGUCCUAAAAUGCCUGGACCACAAGACCAACGAACUUGUAGCCAUAAAGAUGAUUCGCAAUAAGAAAAGGUUUCACCACCAGGCUUUGGUUGAGCUGAAGAUCCUGGAAGUGAUAAAGAAGAAAGACAAAGACAAUCUACACAACGUCAUUCACAUGAAGGAGUACUUUUACUUCCGCAACCACCUUUGCAUCUCCUUCGAGCUCCUGGGGGUUAACUUGUACGAGCUCAUCAAGAAGAACAACUUCCAGGGCUUCAGUCUGGCUCUGAUUCGUCGCUUCGCCCACGCGCUUCUCAGGUGUCUGCAGAUGCUGCACAGGGAGAAGAUCAUCCACUGCGAUCUCAAGCCGGAGAACAUUCUUCUCUCUCAGCGUGGGCCCGGGAACAUCAAGGUGGUUGAUUUUGGAUCAAGCUGCUACGAACAACAGAGGGUGUACACCUACAUCCAGAGUCGCUUCUAUCGCUCCCCUGAGGUCAUACUGGGCCACCCUUACAGCAUGGCCAUCGACAUGUGGAGUCUGGGCUGCAUUCUCGCUGAGCUCUACACCGGCUAUCCUCUCUUUCCAGGAGAGAGUGAAGUGGAGCAGAUGGCGUGCAUCAUGGAGGUUCUUGGAAUGCCUCCAAACGAUUUUGUUCAGUCAGCAUCAAGGAGGAAGUUGUUCUUUGACUCCAAAGGAAACCCAAGGAACAUCACUAACAGCAAAGGGAAGAAGCGGAAACCCAACUCCAUAGAGCUGUCAGCUGCACUGAAAACUAACGAUCCUUUGUUCUUAGAUUUUAUCCAACGAUGCCUCGAUUGGGAUCCAGCUAAACGCCUGAACCCUGAUGAGGGAUUACAGCACCAGUGGAUUCUGGAAGGAAAUUUCAACAAAGUCCGAUCCAGAACCACGCCUACAGUCAAGAAAACCACAGACAGUUCCACCAACACAGACAAACAAGCUAACAGUAAGCUUGCAGAGAAAACCAGCUCAGAAAACAGCGGUAAGGACAAACUUACGAGGGACAGUUCAUCAACUGGAACAAAGAUGGUUUCUGUCGAGCGUCUACGGCCAAUCGGGGCCUCGGCGGAGGAGGAGGUCUGCGAGGAUGAAGUCAUAAAUACACAGCAGCAAGAAGGCAGUGGAGAGAGGCCCAUUCACAUCAUCAUCAAGCCUCAAGAGGAAAUGAGCAAAGAGAGGAAAGACAGCCAGGAGCCUCCUCAGUGGUAGCAACUGAACCACCGGAGGAAAUCUUGUUGCAUUCAUGAAGCAUGGGAAAAAUGAGAGACAGAAAGCUGUGUUUGUUUGGCUCUGGACUGUCGUUAAAAGAAUAAAGAGCUUUAAAACGGCCGUAUGUGAUGUUGGAGAGAAGAGGUUGAACGUGAGUGUCAUGGUUUGAUUUACUGAUUUAAAAACAUCGAUAAACAGAAGAUCAACUGAUCAUCAGCAAAGAGGGACAUACUCUGUUUAUUAGUUAGAGUACACAGUUACAGUAUAUUGUUCUUUGUUUAGUGAAACAAUUUUUUAGACAGUGUAAUCAUUUAUUGGUUGUAUUUUUAAUGGAGUUGCGAUGCGAGUUUUUUUGCAAGAAUUCGAUCAUAUUCAGUCACAUUUGAGACACGAACAAUCUGCCACAUAAAAAACAGCUGUUUUCUGCAUUACUGAAUCCAGUCUUUGCUGUGCAUUGAAAAACUUAAGUUUAACUCAUAAAAACAUAGCUAAAUAAAAAUAAGCCUGUUUA